GACUGAUCACAGACUGAUCACAGACUGACAGACUGAUCACAGACUGAUGACAGACUGUUUACAGACUGAUCACAGAGAACUUAGCUCAGUUCACAUUUCACCACAUGUUCUGCAAGAAACUCAGUUCAUUAGUUGUUGUUGUUGUUACAAUAAUCAUUUUGAAUCUGAAUGAAGUCAUUUUAUUUUUAAUGUGUUACAUCAAAAUUAAACGUUUCAUCAUAGUAUUGGUGUAGCUGUUUAAUUUCUAAAUAAAAUCAGGUCGUUUCCUUGUUGAGUUGUAGCUGUGCUGAGUGAGCAGCAGGUGGCGUCAGUGCUCUGUGUGUGUGUUUGUUGACUCUGCUUGUUUGAGGAAAAAGAUCAGAUUUUAAAGUGUCUCCACUGAAGCUUCACAUCAUGAACACAUCAAUCCACUUUAUUCAUAUAGCACGAUUCUUAGCAAACACAAGGUUUGCAAAGUGCUGCACAACAAGAUAAUACACAAAUAGAUAACACACAUGAUGCAUCACAUGACCUCAGUCUGUUAAUAAAUGCUGAUGUUUCAUUUGAAAACAAACUGAAAAUAAAAUCAGUCAGAAUGAAAAAUGAAAAUAUCAAAUUGUUGAUAAGAACAGAAAGUUCAGACCAGGACAAAGACCAGACCUUUCCUGUUACCUGCCCCGGUUCUUUUCCUGGUCCAAGUCCUUGAUAAGGACUAAAACCAACACAAGAAACAGGACCAAGACCAGGACCAAGAUCAGGACCAGGAACAAGACCAAGACCACUGAGUGUUUCAUCAGAAGCUUUACUGACAGACUCAGCACAGACGUGUCAUCUGAUGAUGAGCUCUGAACUUUUCUACCUCUUUUGUUUUUUCGUUUCUUUCUGUUGUUUUUCUUUGUCACAUCGACACUUUAAGGAAUUGUGACUUUACCUUACAAUACUUUUUAUAUCAUGCCACUUUAACCUUCAGUACUUGUUUUUGCACAUUGUCUGUUGUUAGUUUUGUGUAUUGUGUAGGUGAUGAGAUACUUCUGUCUGUUCGUUGUGUUUUGCCCUUUCUACUUUAAUUAUAUUGUAUAUCACACUCUGCUGUGGGAUGAAUAAAGUAUAAUCUAAUCUAAUCUAAUGUGAUGAUGAUGAAGAUGAAGCUGGUCUUUGACACAUCGUAGUCUCUCGGGUCCGGCAGGAUCCUCGUCAGGGAAACAGAGUUGGUCUUCUCCUCGUGUGGCUUGACAGGAAAUACCAUCAGAUUAAAAUGACGAGACGCAGCAGAACGCUCUGUCCUCUUCUACACAACAGAGGUCGGAGUUCACGGAGGCCCAGCAGGACCGUGAACGCCACACGGAGGACAAACAGCAGCUGGAGUGUCAUUAAUCAGCAGAUUGAGCUGAAUGUGCAUCGAACGCCUCGCACGGACGGGAACACUUGAGAGGUCCGUUUGACCUCCGACCUUUCAGGUCAUUAACGAGCGGACGCAUUAAUCUCCUUUACAAACUAAAUUUAACCUAAAAAGAACCUUCAGAGAACGCUUUCUGAGACUGAUCCUCAUUCGCUGUCUCUUCACGCUUCACACCUCACAUCUGAAGCCCUCCGGUCUCCAUGACGACGAGCCAAGGAGCCAAUCAACUGUGAGCUGCAGACAGAGUGCAGCGGCACAUUUAAUGAAUCCAUUCACAGCCCAGAGUGAACGAGUCCAACAGAGACCAGAGGGGUCCACCAGAGACCAGAGGGGUCCAAACACAGAUGGGACAAGUCCAAACAGAGACCAGAGGGGUCUACCAGAGACCAGAGGGGUCCAACAGAGACCAGAGGGGUCCAAACACAGAUGGGACAAGUCCAAACAGAGACCAGAGGGGUCUACCAGAGACCAGAGAAGUCCAACAGAGACCAGAGGGGUCCGAAAACAGAUUGGACAAGUCCAACAGAGACCAGAGGAGUCCAAACAGAGACCAGAGGGGUCCAACAGAGACCAGAGGGGUCCAAACAAAGACGGGACAAGUCCAACAGAGACCAGAGGGGUCCAACAGAAACCAGAGGGGUCCAAACAGAGAUGGGACGAGUCCAACAGAGACCAGAGGGGUUCACCAGAGACCAGAGGAGUCCAAACAGAGACCAGAGGGGUCCAACAGAGACCAGAGGGGUCCAAACAGAGACCAGAGGGGUCCGAACAGAGACCAGAGGGGUCCAAACACAGAUGGGACGAGUCCGACAGAGACCAGAGGAGUCCAACAGAGACCAGAGAGGUCCAAACAAAAACCAGAGGGGUCCAAACAGAGACCAGAGGGGUCCAACAGAGACCAGAGGGGUCCAAACAGACGGGACGAGUCCAACAGAGACCAGAGGGGUCAAAACACAGAUGGGACUAGUCCAACAGAGACCCAAGGGGUCCAACAAAGACCAGAGGAGUCCAACAGAGACAGGACAAGUCCAACAGAGACGAGAGGGGUCCAACAGAGAUCAGAGGAGUCCAAACACAGGCGGAACAAGUCCAACAGAGACCAGAGGGGUCCAAACACAGGCGGGACGAGUCCAACAGAGACCAGAGGGGUCCAAGAGAGACUGGACAGGUCCAACAGAGAUUAUAGAUAGAUUAAAAAUAGAUGGAUUUAGAUUAUAAACACAGUUUAUGGAGGAAUGUGCAUAAUGUUUAACAAAGGUUCCCCCGGGGGGUCAUGGGUCACGGAUUCCCCUCUCUGAACUCCCAGGAUUCAGCUCAGUCUUUCUCUGAGUGUUUGAACAGUUAAAGGGUUAAAGUCUGAGAGAAGACAAACAGCAGCGUGGGUGUCACCAUGGUUACCCGCUGAGACAUCCUGAAGACUUCCAGUAAACAGAAUCUGAAACUAGAACUCAGAACAGAACAAACAGAACAAAACACAGAACACACACACACAGAACACACAACACACAGAACUCACAGAACAGAACACACAACACACAGAACAGAA